AUGUCUACCCUACAGAAGGAUCUAUAUUAUCCCCUAGGGGAUGCUGAGGAUAAGGUUCUAACUGAAACUAGAGUUAAGGUCUGGGAUAAGAAUCCCAAAACUCUAGCUUUCAAUGUUGAUUCUCUACCCGACCUGAAGAUCUAUAAUGACUAUGAGACGGCUCUAUUUGAAGUGGAACUUAUGGAUAGUCUAUCCGUCAAUAAGGUCCUAUGGUUAUCUAUCCCCUAUCAUCUAAGACAGUUCAUCGGCAGUGGUUAUCUAGAUCCAACUCAAGUAGAUCUAUCUAAAUAUACUGAUCUAGCCAACUACACUGACGUUGUCUACGAGCAGGAGGCUGACAAUUCUAUAUCUACGAUUGCCGAGUUUCUGCGCUUAACCGCUGUGGUUGGUCUACUCGGGUUCGUCUAUCGUGACUUAGAAUCUAUUAUGUCGGAGCCUCUACUCAAGAGGCAUCCUAUGUCUAUAGCCACCAUACGAGUUAGGCCUCUAGGGGAUACCUUAUUCUACUCCUGUCUACGCAUGUCGGCUAUGAUCAAGAACAGUCUACUACCCUGUAUAUUCCAUAAGAUCGACGAUAAUCACUCUAUAUGUGAUCUAUUGGCAUUGGACCCUAGUUCUAGAGAUUAUAUGGCCCUAGGAAAUCGCAUUGGAGCAGCGAUUCAUGGUGUCAUCACUUCCAAUGCGUGGGCUCUAGACUUGGUUCGUAUAAACGAGUCUAAUCCCGACAUUCUACAUAUUCUAGAAGUAUCUACGGAGAAGUAUUAUGAUGCCUAA